UUUUUUUUUAAAUCCAAAGAUUUGUGCCCAAAAUAUAAAAAUUCAUUCCGCAAAAUAAAUAAUAAGCCCGCAAACUUAAAGGUAUUAAAAAUCAUUUUUUUUUCUUUUUAUAUAUUUUGCUUCCAUCUUUCUUCAGAGUAGAUUUGUCGAUCAAGAUGUCAAACAAGAUAGAAACCAGUCCUUUUGAUGAUCCUUCUAAUCCAUUUCAAGACCCCUCUAUCACAUCUGCUUUAAAUUCAUCCCGAACAGUAACUAAUAAUGAAGAUGUAGCAGAAGAGGAUGUACCUCUGAAUGAUUUUAAUGCUACUAGUUUUCAUCACAUUGCCGAUAAUCGUGAUCCAUUUAGCAAUACCAGUCAAACUACUUUACCUACUAGCAGCAUUUUAAGUCCUGAGCUAGCUGCACGAGAAGAAGCUCUUCGACAAAAAGAACGCGAAUUAGCAGACAGGGAGAGAGAUUUAGAAGCAAGACAAAGAGCCGCAAAUAAUACAAGGCCUGUUAAUAAUUUUCCACCUUGUUUCCCUAUCAUGUAUUUAGAUAUUGUGAGUGAGAUACCUAAACAGCAUCAACGGACAGUCAUGUGGCUUUAUAGAGAAUGGCUUUUAUUUUUGAUAACGUUGAUAAUGAAUUUCUUUGCUUGUCUUUGGGUCUUAUUUUCACAUCCUGCUUCUGUCACAAGUGCCCCUACAGAUAUGGGUAUUGCUCUAACUGAAUUAUUUACACAUUCUUUAGCAAGUUUCUUUUUAUGGUAUCGACCUAUUUAUAAUGCAUAUAUGAAAGAGAAUUCAUUAUAUUACUAUUUUUAUUUUAUAUUUAAUGGAUUUCAUAUCCUUUACACAUUUUAUAUGGCAGUUGGUAUACCUUCAACUGGUGGAGCAGGUUUAAUUUUGUUAGUAACAUUAUUUUCUGAUCAUUACAUUGGACCUGGUAUUUUAACAUUAAUAUCUUCUAUAUGCUGGUUGUCGAUGGGUAUUUUGGCAGUCAUUCUUUAUAAAAAGACCUAUAGUCAUUAUAAAGCUGCAGGACAUACAUUUAAUGAAGCCAAGAAUGAAGCCUAUUCUCAUAUGGGGCGUUCUAAUAUGGUUAGAGAUGCUGCUGUGAAUGCCGCUUGGAACACUGCUACAACAAGACGGUGAACAAAAAAAAAAAUACACAUAUACAAAUAUACAUUUAUGUAUUUAUGCAUAUAAAUCACAUGGCAUAAAUGAUAACUGAAUUUUCACAUGUAAAAUGAAAAAAGAAACGAAGGCAUUUUUUGGGG